AUGUCUGCUUUGAUUACAAUUGCUUUGCAGUGUCUUAUCACGAAAGGCACUCACCACAGCGUUGCACACGCAGGUGGUGGGUUCCCGGAGCAGGCCCCUCCACCCCCAGCCUCAGCACCGCACAUCCGGGCCACCCUCGCGCACCCCACACAGUCACGCUGCACACAGUCACGCUGGCGCCCCGCGGGACCCGUGGCCAGGCCCCCCCCAGACCCCGGAGGGUGCAGGGAAUGCACGCACCCGCACCCCAUCCUGAAUUCCCCAGCCCCGCAUCCCAUCAGUCCCGUGGGAUCGGGCCCUGAGCUCGGGGUCAGCAAGGUACCGCAGUCCCCCUUGAACACAAGGCGUCGGCGUGGGGCGGGGGCGUUCCCGGGGGUGCAGCUCACCCGGCACGCGCGGGCGUGGCACACGGCAGCGAUGGGCCACGGACUCGUGCACGCCCUCCGGAGCCCGCCCGCUCCCGGCUGGGACGCCCCGCGCGGCGGGCCGGGGCUUCUGCACCAGGCAGGGGGCGGAGCUUCCGGGCCAGGUAGAAGCCCGGCUUCUGGACCGGGUUUCGGGACGGGGGCGGGGCUUGUUGAGUGGGCGGGACCUUGUGGGCGGGGCUUGCGGACCUGGCAGCCAAUUUCCGUUUCGCUUUCCGCGGGCUGGGGGCGGCGGCGGCGGCGGUCAGAGAUGGAGUCGAAAGCCAAGGGACCACCCCACGGGGGACCAGCCCCACGGGAGACCCGUGCCUUCUCAGCAUCAGCUAAGCUUCUCUUUGUGUCUUCACAGGCCAGACAGACCCUGGAACAUUACUCUUGCACUGCGGAAAAGAUUGGUCAUGUAGAUAUCACAAAAGACAGAACAAGCACGGUGGAGGCCUGCGUGCCCCUGGAGCUGGCCAAGAACAAGAGCUGCCUGGUUUCUAGAGAAACAUCUGUCCUGACUACGGGGAGUUGCCUAGCCUCUACAGAGCCUUCUCCAGAGCCGAUGAUGACCCUGUGCCUCAGCAGUAUCUAUGAGGACUUGAAAAUGUACCAGGGGGAGUUCAAGGCCAUGAAUGCAAUACUAUUGAUGGAUCCCACAAGUGAGAUCACUCUAGAUAAAGACAUGCUAACAGCUAUUGAUGCCCUGAUGCAGGCUCUGAAUUCCAAGAGCGAGACAGUGCCACACCAACCUUCCUCUGAAGAGCCAGAUUUGUACAGGAUAAGAAUGCAGCUUUGCAUCCUUCUCCAUGCCUUUAGAGUCCGUGCAGUUACUAUCGACAGAGUGAUGAGCUACCUGAGCUCUUCCUGAGAGGACAGCCCUCCCUGCAGUGUCUGGUAGAGCUAUAUUUGAUGAGCUAUUCUGUACCAAAGUAUUCAUGGAAACAGACACUCCCUAUUAUUUAUCAGUAUUUAUUUUAUUCAGGAAAAUGUUAACUAAUUUAUAUUUAUUUAUAUUCUAUUUAUUAUAAUGUAUUUAUAAAAUGCUGGAAAACAUACCUUGUAAAUGUUGUUCUAGUAA